CAGGCCGUACAGCCAGCCUGGAGCAACGUUCCUCCAGACUACAACUGGGAGAUCUGCACACAGCAGAAUUACGCAGCAAGCGAGCCAGUUAUUAUCCCUGGCAAGUUGGAAGGAGCAAGAAAACUCGUCGACGGUGCAUACCAUGGAUACUACACUCUUGAAAGACAACAAUUUCAGGAUAAGCUGGUCACCGAGCUCGUUGAAAACAACGGCCGGGCGCGACAGGCACCUAUGCUUUUGUUUACUGCAGGAGCCAUGGGUGUGGGCAAGACCUUUGUGCUCCACUGGCUGAGAGAUAAGGGCAUUCUCCCUGUCGCGGAUUUCGUGCGUAUCAAUCCAGAUAAGAUAGCAAAGCAACUGCCUGAGUGGGUGGGAUAUGAUGCUUACGAUCAUUCCAGCGCUGCAGUUAUGACCCGCUUGGAAGCUGGCCUUAUCAGCGAGCUUAUGCUGUUGUAUGCCAUGCAACAGAGACGCAACAUCCUGGUGGAUAGUUCUCUCCGUCAUGGUAAGUGGUACUCGCGGGUGUUGCAGAAGAUUCGACAGCAGCUGCCUGACAUAUCCAUCACCCUCAUGUACAUCCAUGCUUGUGAAGAAACAGUGUACCAGCGUGCAACCGAACGUGGGCACAAUGGUCGCGCAGUCAGUCCUGCAGAAGUCGCAGACUCACUGGAGAAGCUGCCCAGGGCCCUCCAGAAGCUCCUUCCAUACACUGAUUGUUUCAUCCAAGUCAACAACAACUUCGAUGAGCCGCAGGUGACAUCCGUUUGCCACCAACUACGGGACGAAGAGGAGGGCUCUUUCUGCCAAGUGUCAGAAGACAUCGAGUCCAUGGGCGAAGUGGGUUGGUCAGGUGUCGCCAGCAUCCUGAAGCAAGCACGCGGUGGCGAGCCUGCAUCACCGUUGCCCGAGCCACCAUCAAUUCUCCCAGCGUCUGGUUCUUCGCAGCCGCAGCCUUUGAGCACCCUCUUCCACACUAUUUCUUUCGCAGCCACGAAGCAUCAACACCAGACCCGCAAGAAUCCUCAACAGACUCCUUACAUUAACCAUCCGCUGGCCGUCGCUCGCAUUCUGGCAGAAGUCGGCAUCCGUGAUCUUCCCACACUACAGGCUGCGCUUUUGCACGACACCCUGGAGGACACUGACACCAGCGCUGCUGAGAUUGGUGCCACUUUUGGUGAGGAGGUCCGGGAGCUUGUGGCUUCGCUGACUGAUGACGACAGCUUGCGACCGGUCCACAGGAAGCUUGUCCAGCUUCGGAGUGCAUCUACCCUGCCUCCCAAGGCCAAGCUUGUGCGUAUCGCAGACAAGCUGCACAAUGUAUGGGAUCUGGUGCAUCAUGGCAUUCCCUCCUGGCCAAAGGAGCGCACAGACAGAUACAUUGCAUGGGCGUGCGAGAUGGUGGCUGCCUUGGAGGGCACACAUGAGGCAUUGGAGCAGAGAUUCCACGCGGAAGUUUCCCUUCCACCGGGCUAUGAACUGGGUGACUGGGAGCGCUUUGCACAAGAGCAAAUGAGGCAUGCAGAAUCUUGGGAGCACGUGCAUGUGCAAGACAGCGAGGUGGCGGAAGAAGCAGCUCACACACCAGAGCUCGAUGAGCAGCGCGCCGUCUUGUCUUUGUUGAAGGUGGCAGAGUAUGUUGCGAGCCAAAACGGCUCUCAGCUCAUCGACAGCGUGAAGUUUGCGCUUCUCCUGACAGACUAUGGAGUCAAGGACCCAGAGACGCUCAAGGCGGGCCUACUUCUUGGGACUGCAAGUGGCCAUGACCGAGUGAUUGCAAAGGAGUUCGGCAACGAGGUGGCCGACAUACUGCAAGGCCUGGAUGCCACCUGGCCUUCUGUUGCUGGAAAUGCGAAGGCCAACCGGAUCCGCCUCGGCAAACACUUGCACGAGCUCCGGAAGCUUCAGUGGGGUACACUCGCCUCCCAGGAAGACCUAGAGACAUUCCGUACGCUGUUGGAGAGAACUCGAACAGUCCGGAAAGUUCUGGCAGGUGCCCAUCCGCCUCUGGAGGAGGCUUUGGAUGACGUCUUCCAGGGGCAAGUUCGCCUGGCAAGCGGCGAGCUGACGCCUGCUAGCCUGGAAUCUGUAGAGGAUGCAGAUAUCUGGCAAUGA